UUAAAUUCGUGUGGUUGUUUACCUAUUUUAUUUUUUAAUUUUGUAAUUAAACUCGGGAGUCCCUUGGUGUGGGGCAUCCCGGGACUUUUCGGUGACUUUUAUUUAUUCAUCUGAGACAUGAAAAUAAUAAAAAUCAAAGGCAAAAUCCCAAACAAGUUUUUGUAUAGUGAUGGAAAAACCUACUAGACCGAAAAGUAAGAAUAAGACUUCUGCAGCAAAGCCCAAAUCUGCGAAGAAACGAAAAAGUGAUGGACCCACGUGCUCAAUGUUCUUGGCUGAUUUAACGAGGAAAUUAAUGUUGAAAAAGAAAGAGGACGCCGAAGCGCCAACAAACAUAGUCCAAACAAUAAUUGAAAGCCUCACUAACGCACUACCGGUGAAAUUGUCCAGAAAAACACCACCUAGAAAAGAUUCGCCUAUGAAAAUAGAAGCCUUACAGGCAUACGCGCCCGAAUUACUUUCGAAUGACACACUUGAUAUACCUAGACCUGUAAUUAUUAUUGCUGAUGAACCCUCCAGUGAUACUCUUGGCUUAAAGAACAAUUUGAAGAUACCAAAAAUGCCACUAACAAGCAGUGACAUGUUCAAAGCGCCGGAAAGGAAAAUUAGAAUUCCAACUGAAGAUGUUGCCGUUAAUACUGGAAGUGAUAAAGAUGUUGCGGGUGAAAUUGCCAAGUAUGUAAGCACGUUGAAGAGGAUAUCACUUAUUGCCGAAGAGUUUAAUCAGAAGACAGCCAAAAAUCUUAAAGAAAUCGUCGACAGUGUACAAGAAGAUCUCAUAAAAAAAUUGGAAGAAAUUAAAACAGAACAAGGUGCGAGGCCUGCCAGUAAAAUAAACCUUCAAAUUGAAGCAGCGACUGCAUCUAAGAAAUGACGUCACAGAAAAAUAAAACGCUGUCAACGCAUGUCAAAAUGUUUGAUCGGCUUGACAAAAUUUCUCGUAAAUAAAUCCGUAAAAAUUU